CUUUCCAUUUUCUUUCACUGUUUUCUACAAAAAUUGAUUAUCUCGUCUGUAUGUUCUAAAAUCUUCUUUAUUUCUUUUCCAUUUUUUGUUGGAAUAUCUUUUUAAGUUUUUGUCUUAAUCUCAGUUUCAUUUUCUGACAAUGUCGCAGUUCUUUUUAAGUGAUUUUUCUUGUUCUUGUUUUAAGGGAAAUAAUUAAAAUGGAUAGGCAGAUUAUACUCUGCGAUGGCUUCGAGGUGGUUCCUCCGCCCGAGCCGCCCGUGAUGAACGAGCUAAUUCUCUCCGAAAGCGACCAAUCUGUGUCAGAUUACGAGAUCACCACCGACGAAGAAGACACUGUUUUUUCCGGUGAUAGUUCACCGGAAAUAGGAGCUGAUGAAGAGUAUUGGCAUGGAGAUAAACCUUUCUCUUUCUACUUUGUUAAGCAACCGGUUUUCGAUGAUCCCGAGAUCAAAGCCAAGAUCGAUGAAGCUAAUGAGGAGAUUUUUCAUUGUAAUAAUCUCCGAAUCGAUGUCGUCAAUGCUAAGAAAUCCGAAAAGGUUGAGAUUUCGUCUUUGUUUGCUCAAAUGAAGAGUUUGGUUCCUAAAUCGGAACAAUAUAGAGUGAUCUUUGAAGAGAAGAAGAGGGAGUUUGAUACUCUACUUGAAGCUCUACGGAAUCUCCGGUGCUCUACUAGUGAUCAACUUUGUUUUUCAAAGGAGGAACUAGAUCAUCUUAUUUAUAUAGCUCAUUAUCAGAUUGCAUAUGGUAGCAUUGGUUUGGAGGAAGACGAUUGGGAGCUUAAAGAGACCGAGAAGGUUGAUGGGAUCAUUCUAAGUGAGGAUUCUCUUGCAGAGAAAGAAGCUUCUAUAAACCGUGUCAAGUCUAUGGUUGUGGAGUUAAAUGAAGUAAAGAAUGAGGUCGAUGCGAUUACAUGGAAGAUAAACCACUUGAAUGACAAAAUGGGGAAGAGUCAGAAUAAUAUUAGGGGUUUGGAUGUAGAAAUGGCACACAUUCUUGAGAAGAGGGACAGAUCCUAUGAAAGGAUUAAGAUGCUGAGGAUACAACGAGACAAAGGGAAUGCUGCAUUUUUCCAUAGCCUUCUUGUUAUGAGUAAAGCUAAAGAAUUGGCUGCUUCUGGAAAUGUAACAGAGCUUGAAGUGUUUGCCAACUCUGAGGUUGAUAGAUUCAUGACUCAUUGGAAUGAUGACAAGGCUUUUAGGGAAGAUUAUGUAAAAAGAAUCUCGUUUUCACUCGGUGAAAGAGAACUGACCGAAGAUGGCCGGAUUAAAGAUCCUGAGGUUCAGAUCUUUUGGGAAAGGCAAGUGAUGGUUAAGACUAUGAAGGGAAGCGAGAAUGUUCAGAAGACGAAUAGAGAAGAUUCCAGCUCCAACUUGUCUCAAGAUGGAAUGGUAAUUACACAUAAAAGAAAAAAAGAAACGAAGAAAAAGGCGAUGGAUUUCGACAUGUCGAGUGCUGAGGAGAGUGAUGUUAUAGAUAUGGAAUACCCGGUGUAUGAGAAACCAAAGAAGGAAGAAGAAGUGGUCGAUGAAGAAACUUUGAAGGAGAGGGAAAGAGAAGAGAACUUAGAGAAAGCCCGAUUAGCAAUGGAAAGGAAGAGGAAGCUGCAAGAGAAAGCUGCUGCUAAAGCAGCUAUAAGAGCUCAAAAGGAAGCUGAAAAGAAACUCAAGGAGUGUGAGAAAAAGGCGAAGAAGAAAGCUGCUUCAAAAUCAGACCAAUCACGAGAACUAAUCAAUGAGGAAAAGGUUAGGACAUGGAAAGAGAGAUCGUUGUUUAAAUGGAGAGAAGUUUCAGGUACAAACACCGCGGAAGAGAAACACCAAAAGGAGAGAUCGUUGUUUCCAAAGCAGAGAAGUUUCAGAUACAAACACCGCGGAAGAGGAACCGAAGCUCUCCCUAAGGCCAUCCUAAACCGUAGAAAGGCUCGAAAAUAUUGGGUUUGGGGACUUUCGUCUGCUGCACUUGCUGUCGCGCUCUUCCUUGUUGUUUUACUUCUACGGUAAACUUGAAAAAGGAAAGAGGCAUUAAAAAGGUUUUGACUUUGCCUAAUUGGAAGGAUAGAGCGUGGUCGUGUCUUAAUCAACCUAUAUAGCUCUAUAUAUGUGCAUAUCUUAUGUAAUUUGGAUGCUUCAUCUUUGAAAAUUAAAAAAGAAAAAGAAUAUUUAACUAAUAUUAAAAGUUUUAGGGCAAACAUAGAACAAGCUGAUACAAUGUACAAUGUCCAGGCUUUCUUCAAGUAGCCAAAGAUUUUUCAUUAA